AGUCUGAAGCCGAGCCGGGAGCUGAUGUCCCGUGGGGUCCCUGGCCUGUCGGGUGGUGGUGGUGGCGGAGUCACGAGUGCUUUCAGUUGUAUUUUUUUUAUCCCCCCCCCUCCCCCCCUUGUGUUUUUUUUUAUCCCCUUUUUUCCUCGUUCUGUUUACAAAUCCAUUAUUUGUAGUGUGUCUUUAAAAAGUCGUAAAGAUUGGUUUGAAAAGCAUGAGCGAUAACGAUGAUAUCGAGGUCGAAAGUGACGCAGACAAAAGAGCUCACCAUAAUGCAUUGGAGCGCAAACGCAGGGACCAUAUCAAAGACAGCUUUCAUAGUUUACGUGACUCCGUACCAUCACUCCAGGGAGAAAAGGUCGGUAUUCCAGCAUCUCGUGCCCAAAUCUUAGAUAAAGCCACAGAGUACAUUCAGUAUAUGAGGCGGAAAAACCACACACAUCAGCAGGACAUUGAUGAUCUGAAGCGACAGAACGCUCUGCUUGAGCAGCAAGGUAAGGUACGUGCACUGGAAAAGGCACGGACAGCUGCUCAGCUACAAGCCAACUUCUCAUCUUCCGACAGCAGCUUAUACACCAAUCCCAAGGGCAGUGCAGUUUCUGCCUUUGACGGAGGCUCUGAUUCGACUUCGGAGUCAGAAACGGAAGAACCCCAGACCAGAAAGAAACUGCGAAUGGAAGCCAGCUGAACCUUCUGAGGCAAUAAACUGGCUUGAUUUUACUAGGGAUUCUUGUGUAUAGCUUUAUCUUUCAGUUUGUCUUCUGUCAAGACCCUUUUUGUGCUCUUAGGACAAUAACAAUAGAUGCCGUUAAUAAAGAUGGCAUCUUGUUUCAUCAGUAGAAGGACCCACUGCUUUCUCAUGAAAUUACAAAAUGGCAGCUUUCAAAACAAUUAAGGACUCCACCUGCUGUAACUGAAUCCUUACAGCAGUUCUUAAGACUUGUGCUCUAGCUGUGGCACCCAAAGGAAAAAGCCUAAAUUUGAAAAUUUAUGCUAUUAAGAGAUUAAGGAAGCAAGGCACAAGUUAUUUGAUGGAUUAUUAAUCUGUAUAGGUGUUUAGUACAAAACUGUUUGGAGUGUUCAACCCUAUUGAAGACACAACCAGUCUUUGUAAGCUUAUUUUGAAAUACCUUUACUCUUUAUUUUAUUCACAUCAAUUAUGAAACUGAAGAUGUUUAAUGUCUGAGUAUUGAAGCUAAUGAUCUUCAAAGAUAAAUCCCACCAUUUGUUUCCUUGUAUUAGCAGAUUAAAAACUCAAAUAUUCUGUGCCUUGAAUUGCUGUAGUGAAACCCUACAGAAUGAUGGAACAGCUUAAGUGCCCUCAAGCUAUGCUUUAUGGUACUGAAAUAUCAACUUUCAAUUCAUCCAAAAUAGUUUGUUAUUAAGCGUAAGUGUUUUAGCAGGAACUGAAAUAUUUGUAUUUAAGCCUCUGUCUGCAUAAUACAAUAUACAAAGUAAGAUUGAUUCCCACAACUGCUAAUUAUUGUGUUUGAACAAUCAUCUGGCUGCCUAGCACCAUUCAGGCUUUGUCAGGGUGUGUGUACAUUUGUCUGUCUCUGCCUUUUCAAUUAUUGGUCUAAGCUUAAACUAGCUUGUAGCAUUAUGUAGAUUUGUCUUUGUUAUGAUUCCAUUCCAUGGAAAUUACAGGUAUGUUGUACAUACUGCCAAGAAUUGUCUUGCAAGUUGAGGCUGACCUUUACUAUGAGACUAUAAAUAAAAAUUAUUUUAUCCUUG